AUGGAGACUUUGUUAAAACCAGAGCUUGACGGAUACUCGCCUACGGGUGAAAACGGUAGUGAAGGAGAGGAAACCACAAUUUGGUAGGGAUUCAAAUUCUAUGACAAAUUUUUAAUUUCUCUUCAUUUUAGUUCCGUCUGCUGCGAUGAAGCUUCUGGAAGACAUUAUGGAGUUGUCGCGUGCUUCGGCUGCAAGGGAUUCUUCCGGCGGACUGUAAGAGCUGGAAAAAACUAUGUGUGCCGAUAUAGUAAGCGAUGUAGAAUAGACAAAGGUACGAACUAAUUUUGUGUGAUCAGCGUCAUAAUUGAACGUUUACAGCUGGGAGAAAUGUAUGCAGAUCUUGCCGUUUCCAGAAAUGCCUAGAAGUCGGUAUGGAGCCUGAUGGUAAGUGAAAACUUUCUUUUUUGUCGUUCUUCAAUAGAUUUUUCAAAUUUUUCAGCUAUCCGACCGGACCGCGAUAAAACUGGCCGACAAAAAAACCCAAGAAGAAACACGUUGAUUGAAUCACCUAUCAAAAAAGUUUCAGUUUCAUCUAUCACGGGGGAACUUCCUUCAAUGAAUAGACAGAAAGUAAUAAUCAAACCCAAGAUUGCGCUUAUAUCAACUGUUCAAUUUUUAGGAGGAUCACGAAGACCUCUCAACAUCCCCGUCCUCCAGAGCUGAUUCAAUAUCAGUGGAUUCUCGACUGAACUUUGUUGAUGAAUCCGUUUUGACAACAUUGAGUGAAAUCGAAGAUAUUGUGAUACAGCUUCAAGAUAAUUUUGAAACAACGCAAGAAAAUGUUCCGGAAAUGGAAGCGGCUAUCACUAAGCCAUCUCUAAUUGCUGCUAGGACAUUGGUAACAGCUCGUUUCUCAAUAGCUUUUCCAAACAUAACAUUUUUUCAGUUGAACUUUAAUGGAGUUAAAGGUCUUGCUGAUGUCAAUUGUGUGUCUUCUAACCUCCGCAGACUCAUAGUAUUUACUUUUGAUUACAUAAACACUUUGAGACCAAUUGCUGAUCUGAAUGGUUUUGAAAAGGUAAGUCAACGAUUGCUACUGUCCCUGAUCGUUUCAUAUAACUUGAUUUUUAGCUCGCAUUGGCCAGGAGUGUGGUAGCACCUUUCCUUCUUUUAUUUUCCGGGUAUCAAUCUGUUAUUAUUGAUGCUCCGGAAACUGACAGUAUAUACCUCCCAUCCGGACACAAACUUCCUGCUUCUCAACCCCUUUUUACGAAACACUCGAACCGCAAGAAGUUCAUUCUUAUUGAGAACAAAGCCGAGUGAGUAUCUUCAAUCCUUUUUUUCAAGUGAGAGUAGUAGUAGCACAAAAACAAAACGAUUCAAUUUCUGUCGUGCCGUAAAGUCAGCAGACCAACACGUUCUAUUAUCGUCACUUCCCCUCGAUCCGUAAUCUUUGAUGCUUAUGCGAUGAAAAGAGGGGGCUACACAUUUACAUACAACUGAGACUGAGAGAAACGGAAAACGGCAUCAAAGAACAUAGACGCAGUACCCUCGCCCCCUCUCUCUCCCACUUUGAAAAUGACACCACUUGCUGUUUAACUGAGAGAGUAUGUGUAAUGCAGAGAACAAAGUUUGCGCUCUAGCGACUUAGUUUGGUCGGUGUUGAUCUCUUGAACUUUGAUCAUUGUGGUCAGCGCUCAGAUGGUCGAAGACACGACAUGCCCAAAAGGGAAAUGAUGUGUUCAUAUAUGAUUUUCGAUUUUCAGUCUUGUGCGUCGGAACAUGACCGACUUGAUACUGAAUCAACUGCGACGAUUAAAAGUCACAAAAACGGAGAUGGUUGCGUUGAAGGCAAUUAUGGCGUUAGAUCCUAAUGUGAAAGGACUUUCGUCGGAUUCGUGUGAACUGCUUGUUGUUGCUCGAGAAUCAGUUCAAAAUGCACUUUUCUCACAUUUGAUUUCGUCUUUGGGAACAUCAGAAGCUACGACACGAUUUGCACAUCUCUUGCUGUUGAUUGCAUCUGCAACAGUACGUUUAUUAAGGUUUUUUGUGCAAACUUCUGAUGUUUGUUUUCCAGAGAGUCGCAUCUUCAUUUUCUUCUUUCUUCCAACUUUGUAAAGAUGUCAAUCACCCAGUUGAUCAAGUACUCGAGGAACUGCUAUUUCUAGAUCAAGUUUAA